ACGUGAUCUACUUUGCGUCAAAUGUGCAAUUUCACUGGUCCACUGGAGGAAACGCGGCUGUUCCCGAAAUUUGGCCGACAUCGACAACGAAUAAUUCUCCGGUUCAAACAGCACAUCCACAGCGAGUCGAGUGAACGGGUUGUGCUGACGAUUUUACGUGCAAAGACGGCUGGCUGUACGGUGAAAUGCAUAUUAAGAAGUUGAAGGUCCGGAAGGGGCGAGCCGGCUACCAAACGCCCUGCGCUGCCGAGACGCUUGCCAUGCUAAGUUGUUGGGCUGCAACGAAAGACACAAAUAACGUUGGAGAGUGCGCAGAAAAAGCCAAAGCAGUCGCAGAAUGCAUGCGGAAUAGCACGAAAGGAGGAAAGAGACGACAAACUACCAUCAACUAUCACCUUGCACGUUUACAGAAGGUCCUCAAAUAGAGGAGUUUCCUCGGCGAAAAUAUGUGAAUGACAGUCUUGGCCCAACACUCCAGGAUAUAGCGGACCAUUACUGAGCCAUAUUGUCUACACAGAAGCCAGUUAGUUUGCUGCACAGUUACCUCCAACCAUCCAUUCCCACUGCAUAUCCAAUUAAUGUUAAUGUAUUAAAUACUAUUAUCAUGCUAUUCAUUG